AUGGAGGACUUCCACAUCUGUCCAGUUACCAACUACUACAAAAGGAUCCUUCUACCAGUGUCCUACAGCCUCGUGUUUCUGCUGGGCUUGAGUUUGAACGGGGCCCUGUUGUGGUGCGUUUGCGGUCGGACGCGCCGCUGGACCAGCACGGUCAUCUACAUGACCAACCUCGCGGUGGCGGAUCUCCUCUACGUGCUGGCCUUGCCCCCUCUCAUCAUCAGCAACGCAAUGGGCGGCUUGUGGCCCUUCGGCAACAUUAUCUGUAAAAGCGUCAGGUUUUUCUUCUUCGUCAACCUCCACUGUAGUAUGAUGUUUCUCACGUGCGUCAGCGUGCACCGUUUCAUUGGUGUGUGCUUCCCUAUUGCUGGUGUGCGCUUCAGGACCAGCAAACUGGCCCUCUUUGCGUCAGGGUCGGUUUGGAUCCUGGUCACUGCAGAGAUUUUACCGACACUGAUCUUUGCACACACGGGGGUCAUCAACAACAUGACUGUGUGCUUUGAAAUGACCAGCCCCGAGCAAUUUAAAGAGUACUUUCCCUAUGGGAUGUUUUUAGCCAUAGUGGGGUUUCUGAUCCCAUUCCUCGUCGUCAUCACCUGUUACUGCUCCAUGAUGACGGCGCUUUACUGCAGGGCCACGGACAGCAUCUCUCACGCCAGGACUGCUCGUAUGCGCAACAAGUCUCUUUCCACUCUCUUCGUUGUGUUUCUCAUGUUUGUGGUGUGUUUUGUCCCUUAUCACAUUACUCGGACCGUUUACUUGUUUGUGAGGGUGUACAUGCCCGCGGACUGUCAUCUUCUGAACAUAGUCAUGAUCUCCUAUAAGGUGUGGAAGCCUGUGGUCAGCUUCAACUCCUGCGCAAAUCCUCUCCUCUACUUUUUGGGCAGUGAUCGGCAGCGUAGGAAGCUGCGGGCCUGGCUGUGGGUGAGGAGGAAAAGAGUGGUGCCCACCCUGUGUCUGGUGGAUGCAGGCAGCACUUACAGGUCCGGAGGGUAG